CUGUUUUUCGACCGUCUAGGUUGGUGUAACCCCUUAAGGAGUAUAUAAAAAUGCCACAGGAUCAAGAAAUGCGAAAUGAAAAUCGACGAUUAUUUAAUAAUCUUGGAAAAGGGAAUGGAGCUAUUGGUCUCCCUGGCGUGGAUGGUGCUAUUGAUUGUACCCAUGUAAGAUUAGUGGAUACAAGAUUUCAAAAUAUAAGUGAAAUCUAUAGAAAUAGAAAAGGAUAUUUUUCACUUAAUGUGCAAACUGUUGUUGGGCCCAGGAUGGAAUUUUUGGACAUUGUACCAGAGUGGCCUGGUAGCGCACAUGAUAGCCGAAUAUUUCAAAAUUCUUUAUUAUGUAUACGAUACAUCGAAAAUCAGUUAGAUGGUGGUAUACUUGUUGGUGACAGAGGAUAUCCAUGUUUACCAUUUUUAAUGACACCAAUACCAAAUCCUAGAACCGAUGAAGAAAUGAGUUACAACGAUAUACAAUGUAGGACAAGACUAAUAGUAGAAAGAACUUACGGCGUAUGGAAAAGACGAUUUCCUUGCCUAUCACGAGGACUAACAACAAAACUUAUUACGUCUACAACGAUUGUUGUAGCAUGUGCUGUAUUACACAAUAUGUCGUUAAUUUUUAAUGAUGUGUUACCGGACGAUGAUGAACUCUAUGAUUAUGAAGAAGUACCUGUACAUGAACCUAAUAAUAAUGCAAUAGAUGGAUUUGCUGCUCGCGAAGCAAUGAUUGCUCGUAUGUUUAACUGAUGUUAUGUAUUAUAUAUCUACAUAUUAAUAAAAUGGUUACAUAAACUAAAUAUAAAAUUCGACAGUUUUAUGAGAAAGAAAAAA